GCCAGGAUUGCGCAUUACUAUUUUUUAAUCGCGCUUCUCAUGAUGAGAACGUCUCAAAUUUUCAAAGCAUCGCAUCAUGCAGUUCCUUCACCUGACGGUACCUUGAUUGCGUGCAUUUCAAACCAAUCUCUCAUUAUCCGAUCUACGAACAAUUCGGAAGUGCAUCGUGCUAUCACUCUUGCGCCUCAGUUUGCAACUCGUAUCAACCUUAGUAAAUGGUCGCCGCUGCCGGACAGCAAAACCGACUCUCCCAAGUCUUACAACCAUCGAAUAUUUCUAGCAGAUACAGCCACGGUCCGGUUAUGGGAUACCGAUGACGAGAAUUGGACUGCGGUCAUAAAUAAUGCUGGUGGGAGCUUGGGCAAGAUAGCCAACGUGGAGUUUGGCAGAGAUUCGAACGAAAUUUUAGUGUUCACUGAGUUUGGCAUCAAGCUCACAGUGUGGUUCCUUGAUACGGGCCGAAACGUCGAAAUCACGGAUCCGAAGUUUGCAACGAAAGGGUUUGACCAUCGACCAAGCACAGGUCAUUUUGCUCUUUUGACGCGACCCGCAGCACAUGAUGUUGUGACUUUGCAUGAGCCCGGCAAUUACAGUCUUCUUAAGAGCUUCCUGGUCUCAACGAUUGAUGCACAAGGGCUGAAAUGGAGUCCCUGUGGAAGAUGGAUCGCCAUUUGGGACACGCCGAGUAGUGGAUACAAGGUCAUGAUCUAUACGUCCGAGGGGCAUCUUUUUCGCACGUAUGCGGGGCCCAGUGGGGAUGAUUCUAUCAACUUAGGGGUGAAAAGCGUUGACUGGACCCCUUGUGGGAAAUAUCUUGCCAUAGGUGGCUAUGAUAGCAAAGUCACAAUGCUAAAAUCAACAACGUUCUCACCUGCAAAAUCUUUGCUGCACGUUUCAACGCUGAAUUUACCAAGCUUGACUGUUUGGCAGGAACUCGUCUCUUCAGACGAGCGGGUUUAUUCACUUGCCCCUCAGCCAAUGAGUCCUCCUAUGCUUGAUUCUUCAUCAGACGGUCCGCAUCUGAGGAACGGAGUCUCGAUCCUGGCCUUCAACUCCGCCGAAAGUGGACUUGUUGCUACUCGGGUGGAUUCUAUGCCCACUACAGCCUGGAUAUGGUCGCUUGAGCAUAGCUGGUUGUUGACCGUGCUUGUCCAUCAUUCCCCAAUUAAGAGUCUUUCUUGGCACCCGACAUUGCCGGGUCUACUGAUGAUUCGGUGUGCUCAUGACGACGGGGUUGUCUAUCUCUGGGAAAAGAAUGAGGGUCGACCACAAAUUUUUAGCCUCCCACUAGAGAAGCUGACUGGCAAGUAUGGAGCUCAAUGGGUGAAUGCCGUCUCUCCAAAAGAGCCCGUGGUAAUGUUGAACGACGCUCAAUCUUAUGUCAUUGGAUAUUUAGGAGAGGCGGCCGAGGACGAAGGCGAGUCCGAAGCAGAUUCCCUUUCUACAAGUGCAUUACAAGAUGACAAUUUCCGCGCGCAAGAAGGCUCAUUAUUUGACGUGGUUACCCAGCCAGGCGACAAUAUAGCCCGUGCAGAAAUGCAAGCUUUAAGAUCGUCUGAUAAAGAAUGGGAUAUGAUCAAGGAUGUGCCAAAUUAAUAGCAUCAUGCGACUUCCGACGAAGACGUCUGGAGGCCACAUUGGGAGUUUUGGGUAUGGGGCCGAUAAUUAUUUUUGUUAUACCAAUCAUCAAGUGAAUUGCUUUGUUAUUCAAGACCAGGUC